CUUGUGCCAUCCCCACCUGGUCCGAGGCCUAGGCCCGUGUCGCUCCCCGCCCCCUCAGGACGGGAGCGGGGUGUGUGUCUCGCCGGCAAGAGGCGAUCACCCGAGGCCGGGGACGCGGCCUGCCCUGAGGGGACGGCGGGACCCGGCUGGGCCGGGCUGGAGCGAUGGAUCCCGCGGCGGAGGAAGCCCGGCACCUGGGGCUCCGCUUCCAGCGAGGCUUCCUGGCCGGCAGGCGGCUCAGCGCCUUCCCCUGGGCGGAACUUGAAAAAAAAUUAAAGAGUUCAUCAGAUGCCUUGCUACUGCUGGAUAUUUUGCAGAAGACUAUUCUUCACCCCUUAUGCAUGAAAUAUCCCCCUUCCGUGAAGUACAGAAGAUGCUUCAUAUCUGAACUCAUUAAAAAGCAUGAGUCCAUAGCAACCGAACCCCUGGAUGAAUUGUAUGAUGUACUAGCAGAUAUUUUAAAUAAAGAAGAAUCUACCAACUGUUAUAAAAGCUACUUACUGCCCACUGGAGACUCUGUUACACUUUCUGAGACGGUGGCAAUAAUCUCACAGGGAACCACAGGACUAGUCACGUGGGAUGCUGCUCUUUAUCUUGCCGAAUGGGCAAUAGAGAAUUCUGCCAUUUUCAGUAACAGGACCAUCUUGGAAUUAGGAAGUGGGAUUGGCCUCACAGGAAUUGCAAUCUGUAAAACCUGUAAUCCCAAGGCAUAUGUAUUUAGUGACUACCAUCACUGUGUUCUUGAGCAACUGAGAGAAAACAUCCAUUUAAAUGGCUUUGUUUUGGAGUCUGAAACUGGGAAUCACACCAAAAUGCAAUCCCCAAACCAGAGGACAGAAGUGAUGGAUUUACGGGGACCAAAAAUAACAGCUGCAGAACUUGACUGGGAUUCUGUUACAAAGGAACAACUUUCACAGCUUCAGGUUGAUGUUGUCAUUGCAGCAGAUGUGGUGUAUGAUCCCCAGAUAACUUCAUCCCUUAUCAGUGUCCUGCAGCAACUUUCUGCUUCCAAAACCGCUGGAAAACCACCUGAGAUCUACAUUGCCUUCACGGUUCGUAAUCCAGACACCUAUCACCUCUUCCAAACUGAACUUGGUAAAGUUGGGAUUGGCUGGCAGGUUGUUCCUACUCACACAAAGAACAUUUUCCUAUACGACCUGCAUUCAAACAUAACUCUUCUAAAAUUACUUGCAUAGACUUUGUAAAUCCAAUAUUACUAGUAGACAUUUUGACAGACUAAGCAUAAGAUCUGUCAUGAUCGUGACAAUGACCCUGAAUUCUGGAGUACUUGAGUGGCAGACUCAGAAAGCAAGUUUAAACUCUGUACAUUGUCAGUGUGUUUUAGGCCCCAAUGCUGCAAUUGAUAGUGAGUGGGUGGACAGCCUCACCGGUCUGCAGCCCUUCUGCCUCCAGUGCAGUUCCUUGGGAGUCCACAGGUUGUCAGUUGCAGGAACGGGGCCUCAUUCAGACUGAGAUUUUAUUCUUCCAGACGGCACAAGGAAGAAAACUGUAGUGUUUCUAUGGCAUUGUGAUACGCACACAUUGGAAAUAAGUUUUGUGAGACCAAAAAUAAUGAAUCUCUCUUCCCGGCAUGGUGAAAUAGAGCAAUGAACAAUUUCAGUUUUUAUAUUAAAGAAUUAUUUAUAGUUGCUGUUA